AUUAAAUCUAUUUAUCUUUGAAAGAAAAACGAAAAUCUCUUCAAUAAUAUGAAAUUAGGAUUCUUCUUCUGCAAUUAGGGUUCUUGUUCUUCAUUGGAUCCCAAAAAUGCAUCUACUGGAUCUCAUCUCAGUUCAAUCAAUACACCAAUACAUUUACACUGUUUCUCAACACCCCACGCGAAUUUCCCAAACCCAAAUCCUUCCCGUUCUUCACGAAUCCCUUUGACAUAAUCGAAGAAGAUAUCAUCGUCUUCCCGGUCAUCGACGACGACAUUUACCAUCACCAUCGUUUUUCUCUUCACAAUCACCCCUUCUUUCUCAGUUCCAAUAUUCUCCAAUACGCAGAAGCCAAAACCCCCAAUUUUUUUCAUUGACAAAAAUCAGAAACGAUACACAUAUCCUAUCUGAUUAUUCAGCUGAAGCUGGGACUAGUGCAAGUGAGAAUUUUGAUAGUGUUGUUGUUGAUUAUGUUGAUCAUAGAGAAGGAGGGUAUUCUCCUAAGAUAGAGAUUGAUCCGGUUCUCGGGGUUGCGAGGCCGAACCGGGAUGAUGAGACUGAACUAGAUUUUGCGUCCAAGCAUGGAGUUAGAAGGAGUGAGAAAGAUAGGUUUUUGAGGUCAAACUAUGCCUUGAAUGGGAUAGUAGGGAACCAAAAUCAGAGGAGCAAAAAUGGGGUUGAACCUGUUUUGGAUUAUGGUGAUAAAAAAAUUGAUUUAAGAGGGAAUGGUGAUACUAAUGGAGUGGUGAAUACUUGGACUUGGAGUCGCUGCGGUUGCUCCAAUGCCAGAGAAAAAGAAGGAAGAGGAAGGUGUAAAUAAAGGAGAUGUUAAGGUGAAUCUGUAUGCAGAAGGGGAGGAGCCUGUUGAUAAAGAAUGGCAGAGACCAUCUGGAAUGAAGUAUGGACUCACAGAAAAUCCUGGUCUUGGAUACAAUAUCUUGUUAUGGCUGUGGUUUGACAUUGCCAUGCAAAACCAUGAAGAAGGUUAAGGAUUCAAGCUGUGCUCCUCAGUAUUAUUGUAAAUCUUGUGCAAAGUUACUUAAAUCGAAACAAUAUUGUGGCAUUUGCAAAAAGAUUUGGCACCAUUCAGAUGCUGGUGAUUGGGUAUGCUGUGAUGGUUGUAAUGUUUGGGUGCAUGCUGAGUGUGACAAAAUUUCUAGCAAACUUUUGAAGGAUCUGGAAAAUAUAGAUUACUAUUGCCCAGAUUGCAAGGGAAAGUCGGAUUGUAAAUUAUCAGCAUCACAAACAUACAAAUCAAUAAAAUCAGUAGGGAACAACCAAAAACCUGUGUUACCUGAAAAGCUAGCUGUGUCAUCUACAUUUAAUAAUUUCUCUGGUCUUGCCAUUUUUGCUGUAUUAUUACAUUAUAUCAAAUUCUUCAGGAAAGUAGUAACUUAUGGAUCCAGCAAAAUAAUUCUACAGUGAGAAAUAGGCAAUUUUUCAUUCUUAUCACGAUUAGCUUGACUCUAUCAUGUACUAACCGAUCUAUGCAUGCAAUCACUUUAUCCCAUUUUUUACAUAGUUAUGGAGAAUUCACUUAUAUGUCAUGCAAAUAUGUUUUGGGGGUAUAUUGAAGAGCUUAUUUAAAGCUUAUUUGUACUUAUUUUAUGAUAUAAGAACUUAUAUUAGUGUUUGGAUGAACUUAUUUUAUGUGUCUUUAUGC